AUGUCUGCUAAACUUUUCUCAAAUAAGUGCCCCCAAAUAUGUGAGGCACGACAUUUGAUCAUAACUCCACACUUAUUUUCGUGGUGUUGCUGGAGCCAAGCAGAUGGAGACAAAGAAGAUGAUCUUUAUAACCAUACACCAACAGCCGGGUUACAAGGAGAUGGAGACGACGAUGAUGGAGACAACGAUCAUGCCCCUGCAGCAUCAGAAGGAGAUAGUGAUGAUGAUGAUGGAGAUUAUGAUUAUGCCCCAGCUGGAUUAGAUGGAAAUGGUGCCGAUGAUGAUGAUUAUUGUGAAUACGCGCUAGCAGCAUGA